CUCGCGCUCUGAUUUUACAUCUGGUUCUCGCGACCACCGAGCUCGAAGCCUCGCAUAUUCUUCCCAAACACAAGUCCAUGAGUGCAGAAUCGACGUCCAAAUAUGCGCACCUAAGAAUUAUCGACUAGGGACAACACUCAGUCUCACGAUCGCGUGGUCGUCGCAUCUUGCCAGCUAUUCGGGAGCCGCACUGGGCGCGCUGCCCGUCGAAUACCCAACCUCACUGCACAUCCACUGAACGCAGCGUCUACCAUGUCCGCACCACCUGGCCCUCCUCCAGGCCCGCCCCCUGGCCCGCCUCCUGGUGCGCCGCCCGUGCAACCUCCAAUCGCGGACACAAGCACACGUACUUCUGGAGACCCCGGCUCAUCCGCUGGUCCUUCGAAGGCCAAGUCGACGACAACCACCGCCACAACGGCGCCAUCACCUUCGCCUGUAGCCGGCCCUUCUACGCUGCAGAACGAUGUUCCGGCAGCUGAUCCGCCUGCGCUGCCGCAAAGAUCCAUCCAGCAAGAGUCUACGUCCUUCUUUCAGGAAUUAGAGAUGGAUCGGAUAUUGACUUCUUUCAAGCUCAACCCUUACGACGUGCUGGAGGCGCCUUUCGAAGCUGAUCUGAAGGAGAUCACAAAGAUUUACAGGAAGAAAAGCUUGCUGAUACAUCCUGACAAGGUCAAAGAUCCUCGCGCUGUUACUGCUUUCGACAUGCUAAAGAAAGCAGCAACGGUGCUACAGGACGAGGAGCAGCGAUCAAAGUUGGACGAGGUGGUCAUCGAUGCCAAAGUCAUGGUCCUUCAGGACUUGAAGUUUCCACGAGAUCUCUCCGCGGACGAUGCUCGAUUAGCCGACUUGGUCCCUUCGUUUGAAGAAAGGGUGCGCAAGCAGACCAAGGAAUUGAUGAUAGAUGAUGAGCUCAGAAAGAGAAAGGCAAUCAAACUUCAGCAUGAGACCGAAGGGGAAGAGCAGCGCAAGAAGGAAGCUGCUGCUGCGGAACGGAAGCGCAAAGCAGAUGAAAAGGAUCAGUGGGAGAAUGGUAGAGAGCAUCGGGUGCAAGGAUGGCGAUCAUUCCAAAAAGGUACAAAGAAGAAACGCAAGGACGAAAAUGUGCUUGGUUGAGCCCUGAACCUGCCGGUGUCUUCGUCCUCUCUCUAUCGUACGACUCGCCGUCAGCAAAGCAAGGGGCGCGAUCAAGGACGUGUCAGUCUCGAAGAGUAUGAUUAGAAGAAUGCACGAUGCAGAACUUAGAGGAAUGGCAUCUUGGCUCGUGCUGGUAGAGGAUGUGUCGCUGAUCAUUGAAAGCACUCGCGAGCAUGAUAGCACUCAAACUUGCAUCCAACGCUUUGUUGCAAUCACGUGGGCUGUUAAUUGUAAAGCUGUGACGAGUGUGCUAAAUUCGUCGGAUACGUAGGCUGCCAAGG